AUAGUAGACAAUAAUGCGUUUUGAUUUCAGUGAAGUUGCCUGCUAGAAACAAAAUUCCCAUAAAUAUACAGAAUUAGAGAAAAGAAAUGCACUAAACUUCAUUCAAAUCUGACAUGGUGAAACCCAAAAGAAAAAGGCUUUUACUGCAAUUGUCAGAAAUUCAAGUUUCUCAUUUUUCAGUAAGGCACACAAUAAAUGAACUGAGCAUGCUUUAUAUUUCCCACAACCAGCAAUUUUCUGUCUUUGGAAACUUUCAGUGGGAGGAGUUGAAAGGUGCUGUGGGAGGGACUAAAAUUCAUACUGAAGUUUUGGCUUGAGAGAGAGAAUUGUCAGAGUAGAAGAUUUCUUCUGACGUUUUUCUUUUCCCUUUUCCCUUUUACUUUUUCUUUUUCUUUUGUUUUUGUUUUCAGUUUAGGAUGAUAAGUGUUCAUGUUCUGAUUCUUCUUAUAAUUCUAUUUUGGAAUUAUGAUUGUCAUAUUAUUCCCAGGAUUGAAGAAUGUGGACUUUCAUGUUCUCAGGGGAUUCAUUGUAAAAGCAAACCUUCCAGUGGCAUUUUUAACAGCUUCUGCCACAGUGCUCCUGCAUCUUUGUCUUCUAUGGUACUGAAGAGCAUGAAGAUCUCAACAGUUAUUAAAUGUGUCCAAGGAAGCCCAUGCUCUCUUCAUUUAAACAUUAAAGGAUCUCUGAGUCUGGAUGAAAAUAUCCGUGGUCUGGAAAUAUGUUCUUUUUCACUGGACACACAGCAAUCUCAGUGCACAAAUGUGAGAUUUGCCAGGAAAAAAAGCAAGAUGCUUAACGGAAAGAAGGUGCAGGUUCAAUUCAAUUGCUUUGAAGUCAACGUAGCACAACACAUCUAUGUGACCAUGAAAACAGUACCAAAUUACUGUGAAGUUAAGAUGAGUCAGGAAUACUAUGUUGAAGACUGCAGAAACAGUGACGUGGGAAAACAUAUUCCAGCUUGUUCGGCUGGAAAGUUAGACUAUAAUGUAGACAGGACAAGAAAAAUCAUAUCAGUGAAUGUAUCCAACUUUCUUCGAGAUCAAGAUUAUUACAUUCGUUUGUGUCACAAAUGGUUUACCUGUGAAGAUGUGGGACAGUUUGCUGUGAUAAAAGGGAAGGAUUCUUUAAAAUCAGUUUCUCUGAAGUAUUCUCAGCUACUUCCUUGUCUUUGUAUUGAGGGUUGGCUGGCAAUUCCAGAUGCCAGGAGGUUACAACUUUGUCCCUUUGAAAAUGAUACAAAGGCAUUAUGGGAUAAUAUUGUUUAUAACCCAGUGACGCAAACCCUAGCCUGGGAACCAGCCUGCCCUGUGCUUGUCAUUGUUAACCUGUGCAGAUUAAUGAACUCUAAUGACCACUGUGAAGAUAUACAAGAUUCUUUCAAACGUUUUCCUGAGAAGCAGGUUAAGUAUUCUCGUGUGGACACUCACCCAAGACUUUGCAUGAAGUUUACAACCAAACAAGGCUCUUGGGUUAAGUGUCCAUUUGCUCAUGGAGAAUUUCCAGCUUGGAAGAUGAGAACAUCUGCAGCUGCAGAUCAAAUACAAGUUUUCUUCACAUCGCAAACCAAAGCACACUUCUCAGUGCUGGUGUGUAACAGGACACAGCUGGCCUCGUGUGAAUCUGCUGGGUUGCGCCAUUCAGUCUCUGUGGGAGAUUCUGUGUCAAUCGCAGUGUCACGGGAAAUGUGUGGGUCAACAAUUUGCAUUCAGGGCUGGAGGACAGAUGUAGAUUAUUCAGUUCCACUGCAGAUCUGUGAUAUCCACUGUGGUUUUCGUGGACAGACAUACGGUAAUGAAAACCCUGCAAAGGCCAUGACACACAGAAUGAAGAGUGUGCAUUCCUUGCAUUGAAUUUAACAACACAUUUUCAAUCUCCUUAGCAGCUUAUCAACAUCGAGUUGCUUUUUGGUAUAACUUGCAAACUGGCAUCUCACAUCUUAAUAAAUUCUCCUAAUUCUGUGGGAUUAUUCUUAUGGGUGGAGAAUUUAGCAAGUUAGACCUACAUUAAUGUCCAAAAGAAGCUGAAUUAUGAUUCCUCAUUUCACAGUAUUUCAAAACAAAGCACAUCUUAGAUCAUGUAGUUAGAGAAUCAGGUUCACAUUUUCCUUCUAAAAUAAUAUUUUAUAUAUGAUGUGCUUUAAAUGAAUAAUUUCACAGUACCUAUAGAACAAGAAUUUCAGAUGUGCUUAUUUGUAACUCUUCUUUUUAAACCAUAAGAAAAAGUUUUUGGGAAAUGAAGAAAGGAAGUUUUCUCAUCUUUUUACAAUAUCCUUCUUUGUUUUCUGAUGCCACUCUGUUGACCUCAUUGUGACAGACCAUGUUCCUUAAAUAUAUCUAAUAACUGAUUUCUGUGUUUACAUUUGCAUUUGACUUGGAGAUAACUCCUAUUUAUCGGAGGAGGUCUUUGGUUUGAUAGUUACUUAAAACAGUCACAUGAAAAUCCAGCCUAGAAGGAAACAGUUAGGUGGAAAUAACUGAAGUUUUUUGUUUGUUUUUGUUGUUGUUUUCCCAUUAUAUCAGUAUUUAUAUGUAACAUUUGAGAAUAAUAUUACACUUUGUACUGAUUAUAAAACAUUUGGCCUACGUUUUGAGGAACACUCCUGUCAAACAUCCUUACUUCCUGUUGUGUAAAAAGGAAAUAAAGUCAUUUAAAAGAUUAUUAAUAACAAAUCCUAAAACCAUGUAGAAUUGCUCAUGUGAGAUCAAAAAGAUGGGAGGGGAGUGAGGGUGUGGAACAAGAAUUUGAUCAAUAAAAAAUA